GUGGUUAUCAUCACGGCGUAGCUCCUCGUAACAAUUUUUGGAAGAAUAACCAGGAGAAGCUAGAUAAGGUUUUCGAGAAGUUGCUCGAGGAUGAAGAGAAGGAAAAGAAGCAGAAGGAGCAGGAAGAGAAAAUUAAGAGAGAAAAGGAGGAAGAAGAGCAACGUGCUCAGUGAAAAAAAGAACGAGAACGCUUCGAGGAAGAUAUGGGAUCGAGAAUUGAGAAACGCAUGGAUAAGGCUAUGGGCAAAACGAAGGAGGGAAGCUCUUCGGAUGAUGAGGUCGUACGUUUGAGAAGAGAGAACAAUGAGUUGCGUCGUGCCUUGCUAGGAGACAGCGAAGUCAACCAGGUCGAUAAGUUGAAGAAAGACCUUGCAGAUCUUCGAUUGCUUAUUGCAUCGAAGAACACCAAGGAAAAUGACAUGAUGGCGAUUAGACAAGAGAUCGAGCAGCUUCGGGCUUCCGCUAAUGCCAGAGGCGAUGUAGAGCACGAAUUAGCCGAUCUGAAGAGUGAGAUGAUUGUGCUACGUGGACAGAAUGAACGGGCUCUAAGUGAGGUUAAAAUGUGGAAAGAUGAGGCCAUGAGGUCAGGGAAUAAGCGAGGAAGUGUUGCUAUCAAUACUCUCGAUGGUACCAAUCGAGGGACUCUGAAACCACGUUGGAUCGACCUGGGGCAAGAUGGCGCUGAUAAAUGGAAGGCAGAAUACCGUAGAUUGCAAGAGUUGACGAGAGCUGACUUUGCAAAAGUUGAGAUGCUGAAGAAGAAGCAUGCACUUGCGGCAUCCGAUGUGUUGAGCAUGCAGAAGAAGAUGAGUCACUUAUCCGCUGAAGAUCGUGACGUCGGGACCUUAGGAGGGGGCACCAAUCUCAAGGAGAAACUUGAGGCGGCUGCGCUCCGGUCUGCUCGUAAAGGGAAGAAGGCCACUCCGAACCGAGAAGGCGCCAUGAAAACAACGGAUCGAUCGGCUUUCAUCGAGGAGCAAAAGAAACAACUCAAAUUUAUUCGAAAGACUGGGUUAGAAGCAUUGUGCAAGGAUCUUGGACUAGAAACUGGCAAAGUGGAUCCAAUGAUUGACGCCAUCGCCGAAAAUCGAGUUGUUCAAGACUUCGGCAGUUUUCCUACUCGAGACAAGCAACCUGUGGUGAUCGAUUCUGAGUCAACACAAGGUGGGGACGACUCAACGGAUGCCUGUGGAGUUUCCGCUGAACUCUAGAGUGGUCCCCGGACGCGGCUUACUUAUG